CUUGGGUCCAUUCUUGAGGUACGCGUCAGCUAUAAUGGUUGCUAUUCUGUACCUGCUCCCACUGCUAGUUGCCGCAGCACAUAGUGAAGACAUUCACGUUCACGCUGACCUGCAAAAGGUCGUGAAACUGGAACGCGAAUUGUUGCAUAACUUUAGCGAAUAUGUGAAACGGAUCGAGGAGAGAGUUCGCAUUAUGAAUGGAGCUAUUGCCGAGUAUAGCCGCCUUCUCAAGUACGUCGAUAAACAACCCGAUUUGUAUAUGUCGAAUCCGAUAUUUGCCUUCCGACUGCUGAAUCACAUGUGCUACGAUUGGCGCUCUUGGCAGUUGCAGAUGCUGGAACCGCUGGGCGCCGAGCAGAUUGAGCUGCAGCAUCGUUUUCUCUCGCUGAUACCCAAGGCCCAGGCCCACAAGCAGGCGGCAGAGAAUCUGCUGACGCUGUUCAGGUUCUACGACUAUGCGCCGGCUACCUUCCUGAUGCACAGCAAGCAACACUUGAGGUUGAAGCCAUGGGACUACUAUCACAUGGGUCGGGAGCUGUACCGACAGCGCAAGUAUCAUGAGGCAAUGCAGUGGUUGGACGUGGCACGAGUCAACUACACCUCAUCGCCCCAUGGCGUGUUGCUGGGCGCCAAAGCAGAGAGGAUAUUCGAAAUACAGAGUCAGGUGCUGGCGGAGCAAAGAAAGGAAACAAAUGCAACUUUGACAUGGGACCAGGAGUUGGAGCUGCUGACCGUGGGCCGUUCUCCAUCGGCACCUAACGAAUUGCCCACCGAACUGCAGCGUCAAUGCAGAGGAAACUUCACCAGGGACUUGCAAUUGGUUUGCGAACUCAUUAGCGAUUUUUCGCCCUUUCUGCAGCUGGCGCCGCUGCAGAUGGAGGAGGUGUCGUACGAUCCCAUUGUCAUGCUCUAUAGAAACGGCGCAAAUGAGCGCGUGAUCACGCACCUGACGAAAGCCUUCGAGCACUGUCCACCGAACGCGCUGCUGACGAGAAUCCCCGGCAUGAAAAUCUGCUCCAUUUCGGACAUAUUCAGCAUGACAUCAAUCGCAUUGAUGGAGCGCUUGACGGACAUGUCGGGAUUCCAGCUGCACUCGAAACAGUUCUUUAUGCUCGAGUAUAGUCCCCGGGAUCCAUUCAGUCUGCUCAAUUUAUACAAGUUUCUAAAGGUACAAGAGAAAGAUAUUGAUGCCACGGCCAUUGUGUUUUUGAAUGAUAUGGAUCUGGGUGGAACCAUUACCAUAGCUAACUAUGAUCUAGCCGUCUCUCCAAGUCGAGGCGAUGCGUUGAUAUUCGUUCACGAAGACGACUUUCGGAUCACGCUCUGCCCCAAUAUGGUGGGCAACAGACUGGUUCUCAUCAAGUUCCUAGCCAGCGUGGAAUGAGCUGCGUUCUUCACAAAUUCUCAGCUAUCAAUAAAUAUACAUUUUUUUCCAA